AUGGCACAAAGCCUCCGCGAACGUAUUGAUGCUGGCCGCACAGAGAUAUCAUUGUUCCUGUCAAGGAUUACAAGCCAUGGAAAAGGAAUCUUAAAGUCGAAUCAGCUUCUGGCUGGAUUGGAAGGAACUUGCAACAAAUGCGAGUGCAACAAACGCGACAAUGAAUUCAAAGAACUUUUAAAGUCCAUACAGGAAGCGCUUGUGUUACCUCCCUUGAUUGCGCUUGCAAUUCGUUUGAGGCCUGGUGUUUGGGAAUAUGUUGGUGUCAAUGUUGAUGACUUUCAUGUUGAAGAAAUGACUGUAAAGGAAUAUUUGCAUUUCAAGGAGGAGCUGGUGGGCGAAGACAGUGGUAACCCUGUCCUUGAUCUGGACUUUGAACCAUUCACUGCAUCAGUUCCCAAGCCAACUCUAACGAAGUCGAUCGGCAACGGAGCUGAGUUUCUUGGCAAACAUAUUUCUGCCUCCUUGUUCCAUGACAAAGAGAGUAUGGCCCCUCUUCUUCUUGAGUUUCUUCGAUCCCAUCACUACAGGGGCAAGACAAUGAUGCUCAAUGAUCGGAUAAAGAACCUUAAUAACCUGCAAGAUGUCCUGCAAGAGGCUGUAAAACAUCUUACACAGCUACCUCCAAAAUCACCAUAUUCAGAAUUUGAAAGCAAGUUUACAGAAAUUGGAUUGGAACGAGGGUGGGGCGAUACUGCUGAAAGCGUGCUGGAAAUGAUCUCCAUGUUCUUGGAUCUUUUUGAGGCUCCUGACUCAUCUACCCUUGAGAAAUUCCUAGCGAGGGUUCCUACAGUUUUCAACGUUGUCAUUCUUUCCCCCCAUGGUUACUUUGCACAAGAAAAUGUGCUGGGCUAUCCUGAUACUGGAGGCCAGGUCGUUUACAUUUUGGAUCAAGUACCUGCAAUGGAGCGUGAAAUGCUUAAAAGAAUUAAGGAACAAGGACUUGAUAUCAAACCGCGCAUUCUCAUUGUAACUAGGCUGCUACCUGAUGCGGUUGGUACCACUUGUGGUCAACGCCUGGAGAAAGUAUUUGGAACAGAGCACUCUCAUAUACUUCGAGUCCCUUUUAGAACAGAGAAGGGUGUGCUUCGCAAAUGGAUCUCUCGCUUUGAAGUUUGGCCAUACAUCGAGACUUUUACUCAGGAUGUUGCGAAAGAAAUUUCUGCAGAACUGGGGGCCGCUCCUGAUUUGAUCAUUGGUAAUUAUAGUGAGGGAAACCUUGUUGCCUCCUUGCUUGCCCACCAGUUUGGUGCUACGCAGUGUACAAUUGCUCAUGCUUUGGAAAAGACGAAGUACCCUGAUUCUGAUGUUUACUGGAAAAAAUUCGACGAGAAGUAUCACUUUUCAAGCCAAUUCACUGCUGAUCUUAUUGCAAUGAAUCACACAGAUUUCAUUAUCACUAGCACUUUCCAGGAGAUUGCUGGAAGCAAGGAGACCGUGGGACAGUAUGAAAGCCAUAAGGCCUUCACAAUGCCAGGGCUGUACAGAGUUGUACAUGGCAUUGAUGUUUUUGACCCAAAAUUCAACAUUGUCUCUCCUGGAGCUGAUACGAAGAUCUACUUUCCGUAUACAGAGAAGAACAAGAGACUGACAGAAUAUCAUCCUGAAAUUGAGGAGCUACUCUUUAGUGAUGACCAAAAUGAGGAACACCUAUGUGUUCUGAAGGACAAGAACAAGCCCAUUUUGUUCACCAUGGCAAGAUUGGAUCGCGUGAAAAAUCUGACAGGAAUUGUAGAAUGGUAUGCUAAGAACACCCGGCUAAGGGAAUUGGUGAACCUUGUUGUGGUUGGUGGGGACAGAAGGAAGGAAUCCAAAGACUUGGAAGAGCAAGCUGAGAUGAAGAAGAUGUAUGAGCUCAUAGAAACCUACAAUUUAAAUGGCCAAUUCAGAUGGAUUUCUUCUCAGAUGAAUAGGGUCAGGAACGGUGAACUCUACAGAUACAUUGCUGACACGAGAGGAGCAUUUGUGCAGCCUGCAUUCUAUGAGGCUUUUGGUUUGACUGUUGUCGAGGCCAUGACUAGCGGUUUGCCUACCUUCGCAACCAUCAAUGGUGGCCCUGCUGAGAUCAUUGUCAAUGGGAAGUCUGGUUUCCACAUUGAUCCAUAUAAGGGUGAGCAGGUUGCAGAGGUGCUGGUCGACUUCUUUGAGAGGUGCAAAGAAGAUGCUUCCUAUUGGGAAACCAUCUCAUCAGGAGGCCUGAAACGUAUACAAGAGAAGUAUACAUGGCAAAUUUACUCGGACCGUAUUUUGACACUGGCUGGAGUUCAUGGAUUCUGGAAACAUGUCUCCAAGCCUGAUCGCCUUAAAAUGCAGCGCUACCUUGAAAUGUUUUAUCUUCUCAACUACCGAAAGUUGGCUGAAUCGGUUCCCUUGGCGGCCAACUGAAUAGAUGAAAGCAGAUGAGGCUCUGGUUUCUCUUCCUUGCAGGAGGACUUCGACCCAAUAAACUUAGCCCAGAAGCCAAUAACUAAAUUAUAGAUCCGAUCUUAGGUCUAUUUUUUCGUUUUCGUUUUAGUUUUCGUUUUCCU